AUGCCAUUUAUUAAAGCUUUUCAAGCUAGAUUCUAUAGCCAUGUACCCAGGACUUCCUACCUUCCAACUAUAUAUGCACUCUCAACUAAACCUGGCAAAGCUGCAAUUGCCAUAGUCCGUGUUUCCGGAACCCGGUCCAAAGAAGUAUACAAACUGUUAACACGCCGCGCCAAGGACCCGACCCCAAGAUCCGUAAUCUACUCGACUCUUUAUAACCCCACCGCUCCUACAAAAUCACCCGCUGCCGUGCUGGAUCACGCUGUUGUGCUUUACUUUCAAGCCCCUCAUUCAUAUACAGGUGAAGAUGUUCUUGAGCUUCAACUGCAUGGUGGUAACGCCAUUGUACGAUCUGUCCUUUCUGCGCUUCACCAUUUAGGCAAAACUGAUGCCAUCACCUCUCAAGAACAUUCUAAACUUAACCUGGGUUUAAGAUAUGCGGAAGCUGGAGAAUUUUCUAAGCGUGCUUUCCAAAAUGGAGCAUUAGAUCUAACUCAAAUCGAAGGUAUCCGUGACUCAAUAGAUGCAGAAACAGAAACUCAACGACAAGCAGCGCUUGCAUCAUCCAGCGGCCAUCUCAAGCGACAAUACGAUUCAUGGCGCACUCAAGUAGUCGAUUCUAUGGCUCUUCUUACAGCACUCAUUGACUUUUCCGAAGACUCAGGAGACGUUGGUGAAUCUGCAUCUGUACUGUUUACCCAAGCGCGCGAAAAAGUUGCGACUCUACUAGCCGAGAUUGGUCGCCAUCGAGGACAGAUCCAGAAAUCACAGCUCAUUAUGGAUGGUAUUAAACUGGAUUUAUUGGGUCCGCCAAAUGCAGGUAAAUCAUUUCUACUCAAUAGGUUAGCGGAACGCGAAGCUGCAAUCGUGAGCGAUGUUCCAGGAACUACGCGAGAUGUUCUUGAAGUCCCCAUGGACAUUGGUGGAUAUAAACUUGUACUUGGAGAUACAGCUGGGCUCCGAAAACAUGAAAACUUGACAUCAUCACACUCUACAUCUACAGAAACAUCAAUUGCCCAUUCGGCCAUGCGAAUCGAAAUGGAAGGUAUUCGCCGUGCUCGUGAACGUUUCAAGUCGAGUGACAUUAUCUUGGCGGUUGUACCUAUUUCUCCCACUCUUAAGAUCCCUGUCGAUGUUGCGGAAGAGAUUCGCGCUCUUGAGGGUAAACGCAUCAUUGUUGUUCUUAACAAGGAAGAUCUUCUUGACAAUUCAACUGACAAGCUUGAGUUAAUAGAAGCCUACGCUGUACAACUACGCGUGCCAUCCAAACACAUUAUUUUAACAUCAUGCGUCACUACCUCAGGUAUCAACGAACUUGUUUCGACUAUAGAAAGUGAAUGCAAAGAUCUAGUAGAAAGUGGGGACGAAACUGGGUCUCAGCUGCCACCUGUGGCUGCAUCACAGAGAGUACGCGACAUUUUGGACCACGAGGUUGUUUCAGGACUUGAAAAUUUUAUGGCAAUUGAAGAUGAGCACGAUGUGGUUAUUGCAACCGAGGAACUGAGAUUUGCAGCAGAAGGAAUUGGCAAAAUCACAGGCCAAGGUGUUGGUAUUGAAGAAGUUCUGGGAGUUGUCUUUGGCAACUUUUGCAUUGGAAAGUGA